UGGUGACAGCCUGGGAGGCUCUCCAGAUAUCUUAUUUGUUUCUGUAUGAAAAGCUAUGAAAAGAAGAAUGGUUCCCAAAUGUGCUUCUAAGCUUAAAUCUGGUUAAUGAUUUUAAUAGCAGGGCUAGGAGAGGCGACUCAGGAUUGAAUCUGACUGGCUGGUUUUUGGGUCCUGGGCACAGUCUGGGGGGCGUAGUCCUUUCCUCAUUGGUUUUGGGAGAGAAGCCUUCCCCCUUUCCAGCUGAGUUAAAAGGGAAAACACAGAGUUGUUUUUAUUUUGUGGAGACAACUGCACAACCAUGGCAUCUGAAAAGCCAAUACUUUACAGCUAUUUCCGAAGUUCCUGUUCUUGGAGAGUGCGAAUCGCACUGGCUCUGAAAGGAAUUUCCUAUGACCUGGUCCCAGUGAACCUCAUUAAGGAUGGAGGACAGCAGUUUUCUGCUGAAUUCAAGGCACUGAAUCCUAUGCAGCAAGUCCCAGCCUUGAAAAUCGAUGGCAUCACCAUUUCUCAGUCACUAGCUAUAAUUAAUUACCUAGAAGAGACACAUCCUAACCCCAGGCUCCUGCCCCAAGAUCCAAAGAAGAGAGCCCAAGUCAGAAUGAUCGCUGAUCACAUUGCCUCUGGCAUCCAACCACUCCAGAACCUGAGUGUCCUGAAACAAAUGGGGGAGAAAAAAAUGGAAUGGGCUCAGAACUGUAUCACAUCUGGCUUUCAAGCACUGGAGCAGAUUCUGCAGCACACUGCUGGACUCUACUGUGUGGGGGAUGAAGUUUCCGUGGCUGAUCUGUGUUUAGUGCCUCAAGUGGCCAAUGCUGAAAGAUUCAAAGUGGACAUGGGUCCAUAUCCCACAAUAACCAAAAUAAAUAAAGCUCUCUUGGAGUUAGAGGCCUUCAAAAUAAGCCACCCUUCCCGGCAGCCAGAUACUCCUGCAGAGCUGCGAGCUUGAAGCCUUUCUACUCAUUAAAUCUAGAAAGCUGGCAUGAUAAAGAAGACAUCUACAGUUUGAGUAGAACUUCAGUGCCAGUAGGAAUCCCUGUCAUCUGGGUGGGAAGGACAGAUGACCUGGAAGUUGUGUGGAUGACUUACAGGAGCUAUGCCUGUGCUGGAACACCUGCAGCUACUUGGGUUUUUUAUGCUAUCUCCAUGAAGCAGAUUAAAGCAGAAGUAUCCAUAACGAUCAGAAGUUCCCUCUGUAUGGAUUUGGGUAGGGAAAUGUGGCCACAAACAACUGUGAGGCAUUGAGCCAAUUCUGUAUUCUCUACAGGGGCUACUGCUUUCUACCAUCUACAGAAAGACCAUCAGGGAAUCAGUGUACACAGUGUGCUUAUCCUUGGAGCUGCCUUAGAGCCACAGCACAGCCAUCAG